GAAUUACUCUUUCCGACCACCACCAUGGCCUCUGGCUUCAACUGGAGUGGAGGACGCUCCCGGUGCUUUGCUUACUGGCAAGAAUUCCAAAAAUGUUACGUACAAGCAGAUUUUCCGACGGACUGUCGGCCGCAAGGGGAUGACUACCUUGAAUGUUUACACCGGGGUAAAGAGGUCGCACGCGCCAAAGCCAUUCAAGAUGAAUUCAUCCGUCAAGUAGAAGCCAAGGCAAAGGAAGGGCGCAAAACAGCAGACGUCGCGUCAGAAGGGGUGAUCGUUGGUGUAGGACUGAUACAGAGAGGGAAGGAGGACUCCAAGUGAAUUAGAGGUAUUAACAUAAUACAGGAUGCCCUAUCCAGCCCGGAGACUAUUCAGUCUGUUUAGUCUAUCAAAUACUUGCGUUUGAAGAACGACC